GCCGUCCCAGAGCAUUUUCUUCCUUCGCCGUUGCUUCGUUUGGACCUUGCGGCGCUUCGAUUGCGAUCCCUCGCACCCUCCGCCCUCCCCGAGUCUACUGGAACCCGCACGCAACCACAGCCCCAAAAAACCGAAAUACCAAACAAUUUCGAAAAAUUUAUCUUCCACAAUUCCCCGGCCUCCAACCAACCACAAUGGAAAAACCCUAGAUAUUAAUCCGGUGAGGGGGAGAGGUUCAUGGAUUACCCCCUCCAUGGCUCCCGCCGCAUUCCUCCACCCCCACCGCAUCGCGCCCCUUCUCCCUCCCUCCCCCUCUCCCCGGCGCCACCGCCGGAUUCUCUUCCCGAUGUCCGCGGUGAGGGCGACGGCGGAGGUGAGGCGGCGCGAGGCAGCGAGGGAGGCUCGCAAUGGGGCCGCGGUGGUGUGGUUUAAGCGUGAUCUCCGCGCCGACGACCACCCGGGCCUCGUUGCUGCCGUGUCUCAGCACCAGACUGUUGUGCCGCUUUACGUGUUCGAUCGCCGGAUUUUAUCCAGGGAUGGUCUACUUAUGACACAUGAUACUCUUUGCAACUUCUAUUGUGGAGUCCUCCACUGCAUUCUUUGCUGUAUCCUUGUGCAAUACUUCGAUUUUGAUUUCUUGCUCUAGUUCUUGCAUCUCUUCUUGUAUAGGUGUCUUGGUUCUAACCUACUUGUGGUGCAUAAGCAAUGAAACUACACAUCUCCUCUCCCAUAUCUGUUGGCAUCGUUGGACAAAUGGAAUAUAAAAGCCUAUUGACAUCAAGAGUUGCAGGCUCAUGACAAGGUCAUCAUUAUGUUUGCUUAUUUUUCAGAUGAGAUGCUAAAGCUGCUUCUCCUUGCUUUGGAAGAUCUUAAACAAUUACUGAAGGAUCAGGGAUCUGAUCUGUUUAUUGCUUUCGGAAGUGCAGAAGAUGUCAUACUGAAACUUGUGAAUGAGGUGAAGGCUAGCUACAUAUUUGCAGAAGAGGAGGUAGAAUAUAAUCUUCAUAGUGUGAUGUCUCUUGUUCAAUCAUCUGUGUCUUCUGAACCAUUUGUAUGGGGAAACCCUGAGUUUGUCUUUUGGAGAACUCCAUUUUAUAAUGUUGGGAACCUGGAGGAACUACCUGCAUCAUAUCAUGACUUUCUGAAGUUGCAGUUAUCUCAAACCAUUCCAGUUGCAGCCCCAACCUUACCUAUAUUGGACAUGGAAGUGGACAGAGGUGCUCUUCCCAUAUUUGAUGAUGUAAAAAAGUACUUGCAAGGGAAACCUUGCCAAUCAGAUAAGUGCUGGAUUUCUCUUAAGAAAGUAUCAGCUGAAAGCAUUUUAAGGAAGGAGUGCAUCAGUCAAGCUGUGAUGAAAUCUGAUCCUAGUGAAAGCCUUAAAAGUAACGAAGGGAAGAAUAUAAUCUCAUCAACAUUAAACAAUGUCAAAAGCACAAAAAUUGCAAAAUCUGUGUUUGCAUCAGUAGAAGGAACUCAAGUAAGAGGCGGAACGAACAAUGUCUUGAAUGCCUUAGCUGCUUACUUGAGAUACCUGGAGGGCACUGCACGGGAUGAUUGGCAAGAGUUACAUGAGAAGUUACGGAAGGCUGAAUGUAGAAAAGGAGCUUCAUUUGGUGCUCUGUUUGGUUCUGCCCUUUAUCUUGGAACUAUAUCCAGGAGGAGAGUUUACUAUGAAGCUAUAAAAUAUGAGAGAGAACGCAAUGCAGGCUAUGUAUCACCAUUUGGAUACUCAGCACCUACUGUUGCAGCUGCAAUUGAUGCUGUUUGUUCGAUGGAGUGGUAUCGGCUCUUGGCUUUGAAAUGCCAAAAAUGCAAUGAAGGGAUAUAUCCUAUACGCAUUUGGAGUUGGAAAAGCUAUUUAAUUCAGUAUACAGUUGUCGGGCAUGAAGGUCCUGCAGUUCUUUUUGUUCAUGGUUUUGGAGCUUUUCUGGAACAUUUCCGUGACAAUCUAUCCAGCAUUGCUGAUGGUGGACAUCGGGUUUGGGCAAUCACACUUCUAGGUUUUGGGAAGUCAGAAAAACCAAAUGUCAUAUACACCAAACUUGUGUGGGCAGAGUUAUUGAGAGAUUUUAUCAUUGAUGUUGUGGGUGAACCAGUCCACCUUGUUGGCAACUCAAUUGGUGGCUAUUUUGUAUCUAUUGUGGCUGGUUUAUGGCCGGCUCUUGCAAAGUCUUUGGUUCUUUUGAACACUGCUGGUUCAAUUGUUCCAAGCUAUUCCUCUAUUCCAUUAGUAGAAGAAGGACAAACAUCAGGGCUUGCAUGGUUGCAGGCACGCCUCCUUUUGCUGUACCUUAGGUCAAGAGCUGGAAACAUUCUUAAGAAGUGUUAUCCAACUAAUACAGAGAGGGCUGAUGACUGGCUCAUUGGUGAAAUGCUUAGAGCUUCAUACGAUCCUGGUGUACCUAUAGUGCUGGAGAGCAUAUUAAACAUUAAUCUGUCAAUUCCUCUAAAUUAUUUAUUUGACUCCUUUGGUGGAAAAAUCUUAAUUAUACAAGGAAUGCGAGAUCCACUCUCCAAAUCCAAGUUAUUCUUGUCCAUGCUCAGAGAGCAUUGCAUCAGGGUCACAAUCAGUGAACUGGAUGCAGGUCAUUGCCCGCAUGAUGAGCUGCCAGCGGAAGUUAAUUCAAUCCUAAGUGAAUGGAUGAGUACAGCUGAAAGUUUCACAAAUACAGUUGAAGGAGCUAAAUCAUUUUAAUGUAGCUUGAGCUUUUAUUAGACAUUGCCUGACAUAUUUCAUUUCCUGAAAAGGUGAUUGGCCACUGAUAGGUAUUUCAUAAGGUGUUCACUACAUGACACAACAUUAAUAAUUAAUGAAAAAAUUCAGUUGCCGAAAA